CUAUCCACCAACCCCUCACAACUCCAAAACAACCCCAAUUAUUCUCUCACACAUAAUCCAUUUUCAUACUCGCUGUCGCUCCAUCUCAUUAUCUCCACUUCCCCAACAAAUUUCUUCUCUUUAAUACUUUCGACAUGCCCAAAAUGCAAUGGACUUAUUUGCUCACUAUCCCCAUCAUCACUUUCGCUGCAUGGCAAUAUACUGUCACAGUUGUUAACUCCAAAUUUCCAAAACUUCGUAAUAAGAAGAUAUGUUUAUUAAUAGCGCAUCCUGAUGAUGAGGCUAUGUUCUUUGCGCCUGCUAUGCAAGCUCUCACAGAUCCCGAACUUGGAAAUCAUGUUAAAAUUCUUUGUUUGAGUAGUGGUAAGUAAACAAUGUGCAUGACUCGAGAUGGAGAUGAGCAUAUAUUGAUGUGCAGUAGGUGAUGCAGAUGGUUUAGGGGAAACAAGGAAAAAGGAACUUGUUAAGAGCGGGAUGCAGUUGGGUUUGCGACAAGAGAAUGAUGUUUUUGUUUUUACAAGUCCGUACGUCUUCCUGAAAUCCUGUCGCAUAUGUAAUCUUACUAUUAUGCUAAUCAUUUUUCUUAAACAGAGAUUUCCCAGAUAGUAUGACGAAGACAUGGGAUAAGGAAAAGAUAGCUAAUCUUCUCGCCUCUGCGUUUUGCCCUCCUCAUACAAGAAAAGCAGAUCUUUCGACUGCGCCAACUGCAACUAUCGAUGUUAUUUUGACUUUCGACGCUCAUGGGGUCUCUUCGCACCCAAAUCAUAUUUCCCUAUACCACGGUUCUCGAGCCUUAAUCACAUCUAUGAUGCGAGAUCGUCCAGGAUGGCAGUGUCCUAUUGAUCUUUAUACCCUCACCAGUGUCUCCGUUUUUCGAAAAUACACAUCCAUAUUAGAUACAUUAAAUACUAUGGUAGUCACUGCAUUCUCAAAGCGAGAAAUAGGCGAUCACCCAAGUCAUUUGUUAAUGAUGAAUGGAGUUGGGCAACUUAGAACUGCGCAAAAGGCCAUGACGACGGCACAUAAGAGUCAAAUGAGGUGGUUUAGAUGGGGAUGGAUUGGAAUGUCAAGAUACAUGGUCAUUAAUGAUUUGAAGUUGGAAAAGGUUGUUGUGUAAGAGAGCAUUGGGAAUGCACAGGUAGGGGAUAGGAAAAAGAGAGAACGAAAGGAGAAGUGUUUAAAGUGCAGUGCACAAUACAAACCACCUUGAUGAACAUCUCUCUUGCGCAUAAGAGAGUAUGAAUGGAUGAGAGAUGAGAAAUGCGUAUACGAUGUCAUCAAUUCUUUUUGGAUCUCGUUUCUGUAUUGUUUGUUAUUUUUUUGUUCUCUUCAGCAAGAUGCCUACAGACCUGGCUAGAAAGUCAUCAGCCUUUCAUCAAACUUGCAUAUUGUAUUUAGAAAAAUCUUACUUUACUUCAUGAUACCGAAUAUAAAC